AACUCACGAAUCGCAUCUGCUGAGAUCCUGCCUGCGGCCUCGAUCAGCUCAAAGACUGCUCUGGCAGCGUGGCAGGCUCCCUCGGUUGCCCUGUUGAUCGCUCGAUGGCUCCCAUCCGCUCAUCCGGCGGCGCAACUUUUUCUCCAGUUCCGCUCCCUUGACAUCAAAGACGACCCGCAGAAAGCAGCAGCUAGCUUCAAGACAAAGACGGGAGGGUGCCAGGUGAUCGGACAAAGAAGCUACUGAGCAAAGCAUUCAAGCUCAAGUCGAAGCAGCGGACUACCGGCAGGCAAUGGCGGGAUCACGCUUCGCGUACGUGCGCGACUUUGAGCUGCCAGACCCGGCGUUGCCUGAUGUUUACCUCGUCGUCCGCAUCGACGGCAAGGGAUUCCACAAAUUCUCUGCCGCACACAACUUCGCCAAGCCAAACGACGCUGCGGCCUUGGAGCUAAUGAACUGCGCUGCAAGACAGGUCUGCAGCGAGCUUCGCGGAGACGUCGUCAUGGCCUUUGGUGAGAGUGACGAAUACAGUUUCUUGCUCAAGAAGGACUGCCAGCUCUACCGACGUCGGAAGACAAAGAUCACAACGCACAUCGUGUCCCUCUUCACUUCCUCGUACGUUUUUUCCUGGCCCUCCUACUUCCCUCAAACGCGGCUCCUCCAGCCACCCUCCUUCGAUGGGCGACUCGUCGAGUAUCCCACCGCUAAGCAUAUCCGCGACUAUUUUGCGUGGCGGCAGGCGGAUACGCACGUCAACAACCUCUACAACACGACAUUCUGGGCAUGUGUACUGCGUGGUGGUGUGACGGAGAGGGAGGCGCACGAAAGGUUGAGAGGGACCGUGAGCGCGCAAAAGAAUGAGAUGCUCUUCAGCGAGUUUGGGAUCAAUUACGAGAGGGAAGAGGCGAUGUUCAGGAAGGGUACGACGCUGGUGUGGACGCAAGAGGAGGCCAAUGAGACGACGACUCAGCCAGCGGAGGAUGUACACGAUGGCUUAGUAUCGUCGCCGAAAGGGUCGCAGCAGAACAAGCGCAAGGUCAAGAUGAAGAGACGUCUACGAACUCUCCACGUCGACAUCAUCGGCGACGCCUUCUGGCUGGAGGGCACGGCGGCGCUGCCUGCAACGGCUGAAGCUGCACCUGCUGUCAGUGGAUCUUGUGCAGCUGCAGCAGCCUCGGACACCACCCUUCCCACAUCAAUGCCUUCAGCUGCCCCUUGGCAGGAUCCAGACCGACUCGAGGGGGUUGGAUGUGGGAGGUGGGCACUAGCGUGACGUCAUCUCGCGAGAGGUAGUCAACGAGCAAUCACAUUCGAUUCGUAAAACACAACAAGCAAAGAAACCAAGAAAGGGAGAGUUCAUAUGUCCGUGUACGUUAAGAAGAGUCAAAGAGGUCUACGAGCGCUCUACUUCUUCUCGACCUCCCGCUUCCACCAGCCGUCAAAGCUUGUCUUGCUCGCAGGCGGAGGUGAUGAUGAUGAUGCGGCGGCGGUCGCUGGCGGAGUAGAUGGGACAGCAGCUGGAGUCGCCGCAGCCGCAACCUUGGGCUUGUCCGCCUUGUUGUCCUCCUUGACACCUUGCGUUCCAUACGGCGAAGCCGAGUCAUCUGCAG